AUGAGAAAAAUGUUACUUCAGAAUAAUUUAGUAAGGAAAAAAGCGAAUUAUACUAAAAGAUUAUUUCAUUUGAGUAGUUGUUAUUACAAUGAUAAUAUUAACCCUAGUAUGGCUGCAUAUAUAGAAAGUGCUUAUAAGAUAUGGAGAAAAGACAAAAAUUCUUUGCACAAAUCAUGGGAUUCUUAUUUUUCUAUGACAACAGAAUAUGCAGGAAAUGAUUCGUCAAAUAAAGUGAGAGUAGUGAAUGUAGGUGAUGAAAGAAAUAAUAAAAUAAUGGACGAAAUAUUAAAAAAGAACACUCUUAGAAUCACAUAUGUAAAUCAAGAAAUGUUAGAAAAGGGUAAAACACAGAAUAUAUAUGAUUUAGCACGAAUUGUUCAACUCAUAAGAUGGUAUCAGAAAAAAGGGCAUUUAUAUGCUAAUAUAAAUCCUUUACCACUUCCGAAAAAUCCUCCUUAUACCAGCGUAUCAUAUACACCUGAUAAAAGAAAAAUGUCUUACGAAGAUUUUGGGUUUACAAAAGAUGAUUUAGAUAAGGAAUUUGUUUUUGAUUUGCCAUCAAUUACAGGUUUUUUAAGUGGAGAUAAAAAAAAAUGGACUUUAAGAAGUUUAAUAAACAGACUGGAAGAAACUUAUUGUGGAACUAUUGGAUUUGAGUAUAUGCAUAUAACAGAUGAAAACAUAGUAAAUUAUAUUGUAAAAAGGAUUGAAAACGAUACUAAAUUUCAAUAUGAUGUAGAGAUGAAAAAAAGAAUAUUAGAAUACACAGCAAGAGCGUUUUUAUUUGAAAAUUAUAUGGCAGCAAAAUUUGCAACAACUAAAAGAUUUGGAGUAGAUGGAUGUGAAUCAUUGAUAACAGGAAUGAAAGCAUUAGUAAAACGCGCAUCUUUGUUGAAUGUUGACAGUGUAUUAGUGGGUAUGUCUCAUAGAGGAAGAUUAAACGUAUUAUUUAAUGUUUUACAUAAACCUUUGGAACAAAUGAUGUCAGAAUUUAGGGGGAAAACCGGUUUUAGUGACAAUAUUUGGGGGAAUACAGGUGAUGUAAAAUAUCAUUUAGGUGUAGAAAUUGAUCAUUUUGAUAAGGAUUCUAAUAGAUAUAUUCAUAUGGGUGUUGUAGAUAAUUCUUCUCACUUAGAAUCUGUGGAUCCUAUUUUACUAGGACAAGCAAGAGCACAACAAUAUUAUUGUAAUGAUAAGGAAAAAAAAAAAGUACUACCAAUUACUAUUCAUGGAGAUGCUUCUAUAGCAGGACAAGGUAUUGCUUAUGAAACUUUCCAAAUGUCAAAAUUACCAAGUUAUAAUGUUGGAGGAACUAUACAUAUUGUUGUUAAUAAUCAAAUUGGUUUUACUACUUAUCCAGUUGAUGGAAGAUCUGGUAAGUAUUGCACUGAUAUUGCAAAAUGUAUAGAAGCUCCUAUCAUACAUGUUAAUGCAGAUGAUCCUGAAGCAGUUACAUAUGUUUUUGAAUUAGCUUUUGAUAUAAGAAAUAAAUUUCACAUUGACACCAUAAUUGAUCUUAUUGGGUAUAGAAGAUUUGGGCAUAAUGAGUUGGAUAUGCCUAAGUUUACGAAUCCAUUGUUAUACGAUAUCAUUGCAAGACAUAAAUCUGUAUUAGAUAUUUAUAGUCAGAAGUUAAUUGAUGAAAAAGUAAUAACUGCGGAGGAGUUUGAAGAAAAUAAAAGACAAAUUUUUAACUUUUAUGAAGAAGUAUAUGAGCAAUCUAAAUCUUUUGUUCCAACACCAAAAGAAAAAUAUUUGCCACAAUGGGAGCAUAUGGUAACACCUCAAAAAUUUUCACCAUCUAGAAAAACGGGUGUUGAAAGAGACGUUUUAGUUAAUAUUGGAAAACAGAUCUUUACAUUACGUAAAAAUUUUCAUGCUCAUCCCAUUAUAACAAAAUUGUUUAAAAGUCGUAUUAGUAGUUUAGAAACUGGUAAAAAUAUUGACUUUGGUACAGCAGAACUUUUAGCAUAUGCAACGUUGCUUUCAGAUGGUUUCCAUGCUCGCUUGACUGGACAGGAUUCUCAGAGAGGAACUUUUUCUCAUAGACAUGCAGUAAUACAUGACCAAGUUACAUAUGAAUCAUACAAUAUAUUUGAUUCACUAAAAACACCUCAUACUAUUGAAGUAAAUAAUUCCUUACUUUCAGAAUAUGCAUGUUUAGGUUACGAAAUAGGUUAUAGUUAUGAACAUCCAGAUGCUUUAGUUAUAUGGGAAGCGCAGUUUGGAGAUUUUGCAAACGGAGCACAAGUUAUGAUUGACAAUUAUAUUGCAUCAGGAGAAACUAAAUGGAAUAAACAGUCAGGAAUUGUUAUGUUAUUACCACAUGGAUAUGACGGACAAGGACCAGAACAUUCUUCUGCACGAGUUGAACGCUUUUUACAAUUAUGUGAUGAUAGAGAAGAUAUAGCUACAUAUUCUGUAGAAAAAGAUCAAAAAAUUAUUCAACAACAUAAUAUGCAAGUAAUUAACUGCACAAAGCCAUCUAAUUUUUUUCAUGCUUUAAGAAGGCAAAUGCAUAGAUCUUUUAGAAAACCGUUAGUUGCUAUUACUCCAAAAAGGAUGUUAAAAAUGAGAAUGGCAUUUGAUACUAUAGAAAAUUUUUUGACAUCUACGGAAUUUUUACCAUAUUUACCAGAAGAAAUGGAACAUAAAUUAAAAGAAAAGGAGCAUAUUAAGAGAAUUAUUUUAUGUUCAGGACAAGUUUAUUAUGAUUUAUUAAAUUAUAGAGAUACAAAUAGAAUUCAAGAUGUUGCUAUCGCAAGAAUAGAACAAUUAUCUCCAUUCCCAUUCAAAAGUUUCAUGAAAGAUUUGCAAACAUAUCCUAAUUUAAGGGAUGUUAUAUGGGCUCAAGAAGAACAUAUGAAUAUGGGUCCAUGGUUUUAUGUUUCUCGUCGUAUUGAAGCAGCAAUAAAACAACUAAAAAAAGAUAAUCCAAAUUGGAAUAUUGAAAGAUCAGAAGUUAAUUAUUCAGGUAGGGAUGUAUAUGCUGCACAAUCAGCAGGUGAUCUUAAUUUACAUUUAUAUCAAUUAGAUGAAUUUUUAGUUGAUGCUUUUGAUUUAAAAAAAGAAUAUAAUAUGCACGCGCAGAAAUAUACUAAUAAACUCUGA